AUGCAGUGGCAACCGCUGGAUCUCAACGCCACGUGUCCUGCGCACACGCACCUGACGGCGUGCUCGUCGGUCGGCUUCCUCUACUUACAGCUCCUGGUGCAACUGUUCGGAGACUCGGUCGACAGGAGGAUACAGGAGAACCACGGGCGGGAGACACAGGACACGCGCCAUGAGGAAUUCGACUUCAUCGUGGUGGGCGCCGGGAGCGCCGGCUGCGUCGUCGCCAACAGAUUGAGUGCUUUCCCCAAAUGGAAGGUCCUUUUACUAGAAGCAGGUCCUGAACAACCUGACGUCACGCUAGUACCCGCGUUGUCAGAGACCCUACUAGGCUCCAACAUCGACUGGGGCUACAAGACCGAGCCCAACGGGAAGAGUUGUCUCGCCAGACCGGGGCAGCGAUGCGACUGGCCUAGAGGCAAGACAAUGGGUGGUUCUAGUUCGAUAAACACAUUAGUAUACAUCCGAGGCAACAAGCUGGACUAUGACGAGUGGGCCGCCAUGGGGAACGAGGGAUGGAGCUACAGAGAUGUGCUACCCUAUUUCAAAAAAUCUGAAAAGAAUCUAAACAUGGAGUCUUUGAAUCGCAAAUACCACGGAGUGGACGGAGAGCAGUCUGUGUCGCGAUACCCGUACGUCGACGCGCCCUCCGUCAUGAUGACGGACGCCUUCAACGAGCGAGGUCUGCCGCUCACCGACUACAACGGAGUGAACCAGCUCGGCACCAUGCAGGCGCAGGCGGUGGCGCAGGACGGCGAGCGAGUCUCCACCAACAACGCCUUCAUACAACCCAUCAGGUACAGACGGAAGAACCUGACGGUCAAAGUCAACAGUGAAGUCCUUAAAAUACUCAUAGACGAACACAGAAGGGCGUAUGGGGUCGUGUACAAACAACACGGUAGAUUGUACACCGCUGUAGCGAGCAAGGAGGUGAUAGUGAGUGCGGGGUCACUGAACUCGCCCAAACUGCUGAUGUUGUCAGGAGUCGGGCCCAAAGAGCAUCUCCAUGAGCUGAACAUUGACGUCAUCAGUGACUUGGCAGUCGGGGAGAACCUCCACGAUCACGUCACGUUCAACGGAAUUAUAAUAGCUUUGCCAAACGAAACUGCAACCGCAGUCGAUGAUAAUCAACUAUUUAAUGAAAUAAAACUUUAUAAACAAAUGGAUGUUAAACACGGACCAUUGUCAGCUAGCGGGCCAUUAAGUACUAUUGCAUUUUAUAAAACAGAUCCCAGUCUGCCAGCGCCUGAUAUCCAGUUUCAAAUGGCUGGUGUGAAAUAUAUGGAAUACUUUAAAGAACUUGUGGCUUACGAAGGUGUUAAUAUAUUUCCAACUGCUUUCUAUGACGCUAUAUUACCACAAACCAUGAAUCUAGUCCCAAAAAGCAGAGGAAAGUUGUUGUUGAACGCAACAAACCCUCAUGGAGAUCCGUUAAUAUUUGCAAAUUAUUUCGAGGACCCAACAGACAUCAUGCCAAUAGUAAAAGGAACAAGAUUCUUAAUAUCUUUAGAAGAUACACAUGCUUUUAAAUCUAAAGGAGCUUAUUUUGUGAAGAAACCUUUAGAAGCUUGUAGAGAUUAUGAUUGGGGUUCUGAUGAAUAUAUCAUUUGCUUAAACAGAGCGUACACUCGCUCUACAUACCAUCCAGUGGGGACGUGCAAGAUGGGUCCACAGUGGGACAGAAAGGCGGUGGUGGAUCCGAGGCUGAGAGUGUACGGAGUGGCUGGUCUGAGGGUGAUGGACUCGUCCAUAAUGCCGGUGGUGCCGCGCGGAAACACUAACGCGCCCUCUAUAAUGAUAGGAGAGCGUGGCGUGGACCUUGUCAUAGAAGAGUGGCGCGAAACAACUACUAAACUGGUUAAGUAUUUAGUAUAGUAGAGAUUCCACAGAUGGCGUUAUUCUAAAUAUUUGUCAUAUUUUUAGCAAGACGACAGUACUGCAUCUAGUAAGUCAUUAACUAGGUCUAUGAACCCUCCGUAUCAUAGAUUAGGGUUGUGCUGUUGACCUUUAAAAAUAAUGUCGGUAUUGUUUCCAAUUUCACUGACCAAGGGUCGCAUCAAACUGGUCAUUCAAGCUUUUGUUUU